UGACCUCUGGUUUUGCGACAGUUCGCCACUACUCUCGUACCGCUCGAGACGUUUAAUAGCCGUUCCGUUCUGCCGCAGGCCGUACCGCCUUACAACUUCUACGGCUGGGAGUCAGUGGACGCGAAACGUCCAAAGCUGCUGCUAUAAUAACAGAAAACAGCUGUACCCGCGAGUUUACGUGCUUCAUACGUGAUUGUUAUUAAACACCGAAUAUUUACGCUAGAAGUUGCAGCCCUGGGAAAGGUCGAAUCCAGAACGAAGAUGCGGGAACCCCUUUUCGCUGCUCCCUGGAUAUUGGUGGUGUUAGCAUCAUUUGGAUCAGUAUUGACGAAUCAAGACCAAUAUCAUAUCCAAACAGACGAAGGACCCGAAAGAUAUUUCCGAUAUAUGACCCUAAGUGGUCAAUAUCGUAAAGAGAAACGCCUUGAAGAUGGAACAGUGGUAGGCUCAUAUGGUUGGGUAGAUGACGAUGGUAUGUUUCGACUGAAAGAUUACAUAGCAGAUAACGAUGGCUAUAGAAUUAUUAGAACUAAAAACAUAUAUGUGGGUAGAAAAACGCCAGUACGUGUUGCACUGAAAACUGCCAAAAAUGCUCCAGCAGGUUCUGGAUACAUUCCAAACAUCAAAAAGUACAGCAGUGGUGUUACGCCCAACUCAAUAGAUUAUCAACCUUUGUCAGCCACCACGUCCUACUUACCACCUUCACCUCACUACAAAUCAAGCUCGCCGGACUAUUCCACCUUUUACAAUCCACCCAGUACCACCUACUUACCAUCGCUCCCAAACGAAGUGGAUUCUCAUAUCGGAAGCAGUUCAGUAACCAGUACAAACAUUCAACCAGCUCCAGACGCAACAAAAUAUCAAACCAACGACUUACAUCGAAUAAAUUAUUUUAAUUCAGUAUCGAAAAUCCCAAAUGUUCAAAUACUGCCAAACUCCGGUCCGCCACCUUCUUCAGUAGUUCCUCUAGUUCCUUCUUCGACAAUCGAACCUCCUGUUCUUAUCUCAGGAUCGUCGUCCAUAUCAUCAACUUCGAUACCAAGUACCACUGCUUCACCUAUUCAAUAUUCUUCCUCAACUACGUCCACAACAACAAUAUCAUCAUCCCAAAACACCACGCAAAUUUCUCCACUACUGGUAGCAACUCAAACUAGUAGAUCUUUCACUCAAAAUAACGAGACAUUCGUGGAAUAUACGUCAACCCCCUCGCCGAUCUUUACAACUUAUUUACAAUCAACGCAAUCACCUCCAACGGCAUAUGAAACGUCACCCACUGUGGUCUCACCAAUUAUACGAAACGAAAUUGAAACGAGUGACUACAGCAGUUAUCCUCAGUACGAACAUUACGACGAACGAUCCGACAACCCUUACAUACACAGUAACGGUCCCACUUACCCCAUCGAUCAAAAUGGACGAAUUUUUACCGGGAGAACGAGUAACGAGAAUCAUAAUUCUCACCCUGCUAACAUACCCAUAACAAACGAUGGUUUUCGAUAUUAUUUACCGAAAGCGUACCACGAAGAACAGAGUUUACCGGAUGAUACAAAAAUGGGAAGCUUUGGCUACGUAGAUCCUUUCGGAAUAGAGAGAGUUAUUUAUUACAAAGCCGAUCCCGCAAAUGGAUUUUUACAUAAGAAAAGGAAUCGGUACCUUGGGGUUCACGCGACUCCAUACAACAGCCAAAACCUGUCGUAGCAGAAGAGAAAACAGAAAAGUAUUUUCCAAUAUAGUUACUAAACUAAGCAUGUGAUUAAAAUAAACUUGCCUGUUGUACUUAAUAUAUAAUUAUGUGAUUUUUCAAACGAGUGAUUGUAGUUGCGUGUUCUGUUUGCAUAUCACUUAUAAUGCAACAAAAACUGACGGGUUUAUACGCAUGGGAUCAUGUUAAGUACUUAUAAUCAGGCGUAUUGUUUCCAGAUACUAGAUUUGUAGCAUUUAAUUGCUCGGUAUUAUAGCGAAAGUGGAAACGUAUUUUUAAGAAAUCAACAACUAACUCGACUAAAACCACUUUCAUCAUUUUUUUACCAAACAACUGUAAACAUUAACGUGUUACUGCCUAAUGAUCGCACCUAGAUAAUGAACUAAAUCUUUUUUAUAAAGAGAAUUGUACUCUUUACAUUAUUAAACUAACUACAAAUCUAGUUUUAGGUGUAGAAGUAGGUAAUAUUUUUAUUUAUUAACUUGUACAUUGUUAUUAGAUUACGUACGUCUUUUGAAUGUGCCAUAAUAAGAUUCUGUGGAUUACUUCUCUCGUAGUAGUUAAUAUUUGUAUUGAAGGAAAAAAGUUGUGAACUUUUUGCUUCAAUUUCGAAUAUGAGUUUCAUCAGUAAAAUCAAUAUAUACGUAAAAUGCGAUUAAAAAUCGAUGUAUGUGUUAUUUUCACAAAAUUACACAUACAUUGAAAAAAAAUUACAAUAGUAUUUUAAUAUUUAUAAGUGUAAUUUAUCAUAUUUAUAAGAGUCUAAUCCCAGAACCUUAAACAAUAGACUUGCUAGAAAACUGUGUUAAAAAGAGCACUGCUUCGGCCACAAAUAAAGGAUAUGUUAACUGUU